AUGGAUGUUGUCAAAGGCGCCACAGUUAAAACUUAUGAUUCCGUCGUUUACGGUAUUUCAAAGAUAAAAUGUGCAGAAGCGUGUCUGAGAAAGGGAAGAGAUGGAAAAUGCAACUUGGCGGGCUAUGAAAAAGUGUCAAGAACGUGUUUUCUGAGUUUGGACGACAUCAGUGGUGUUAUAAGUGUGGCUGAUCCGGGUUAUCUCGUUAUCGACACUGGGGCACAUGGGGUGCGAACCAGAUUCUCGGUGCAGCAAAUGUUUACCCUUCAUAUGGAGAACACGGCAAUGCUUGGUGUUCAACAAGCAGGGUCGAUCCUCAAUUUAUUGAGGUGGAGUGCUAACCAGAUUCUUGGUGAACCGGACGUUUAUCCUGACUACGGUCAGUUUAUCCUUGCAUGGUGUCCUUCAAACACAGGCACUCCGGAAUUUAUUGAGAUCCAGUUUGCUCAAGCCGUUCAUGUCACAUCCAUAGACAUAUACGAAACAUGUAGGGGUGGAACAGUCCUUAAGGUCAAGUGCUAUCAAGCAGAGAGUGUACUGUACAUGGACUUGUGGACGUCUGAAACAACAGAUGUGAUUUCAUAUGCAAGGAUCUUUUCUCCGCCGUUGACUGGAACUUGUUUCUCAAACCAAAUUCGGCUGGAGACGCAUGGCAUCGGAGACUGGUCGAACAUCGACGCAGUCAUGUUGCAUGCUGCACCUACUACAAUUGAUCCGACUACAGCUACACCUUCUACGGAUGCAGAUACUAUAGCAGCAACUCCAACAGUUGCACCCACUACAGCUGCACCCACUACAGUUGCACCUACUACAGCUGCACCCGCUACAUUUGCACCCACUACAGCUGCACCCACUACAACUGCACCCACUACAGCUGCACCCACUACAGUUGAACCCACUACAGCUGCACCCACUACAGUUGCACCUACUACAGUUGCACCUACUACAUUUGCACCCACUACAGCUGCACCCACUACAGCUGCACCCACUACAGCUGCACCCACUACAGUUGCACCCACUACAGCUGCACCCGCUACAUUUGCACCCACUACAGCUGCACCCACUACAGCUUCACCCACUACAGUUGAACCCACUACAGUUGCACCUACUACAGUUGCACCCACUACAGUUGCACCUACUACAGCUGCACCCGCUACAUUUGCACCCACUACAGCUGCACCCACUACAACUGCACCCACUACAGCUGCACCCACUACAGUUGCACCCACUACAACUGCACCCACUACAGUUGUACCCACUACAACUGCACCCACUACAGUUGUACCCACUACAACUGCACCCACUACAGUUGUACCCACUACAGCUGCACUCACUACAGCUGCAUCCACUACAGCUGCACCCACUACAGCUGCACCCACUACAGCUGCACACACUACAGACGCACCCACUACAGUUGCACCCACUGCAGUUGCACCCACUACAGUUGCACCCACUACAGUUGCACCCACUACAACUGCACCCACUACAGUUGUACCCACUACAACUGCACCCACUACAGUUGUACCCACUACAACUGCACCCACUACAGUUGUACCCACUACAGCUGCACUCACUACAGCUGCAUCCACUACAGCUGCACCCACUACAGCUGCACCCACUGCAGUUGCACCCACUACAGUUGCACCCAUUACAGUUGCACACACUACAGCUGCACACACUACAGAUGCACCCACUACAGCUGCACCCACUACAGCUGCACCCACUACAAUUGCACCCACUACAGUUGCACCCACUACAGUUGCACCCACUACAGUUGCACCCACUACAGUUGCACCCACUACAGUUGCACCCACUACAAUUGCACCCACUACAGUUGCACCCACUACAGCUGCACACACUACAGCUGCACCCACUACAGUUGCACCCACUACAGUUGCACCCACUACAGCUGCACCCACUACAGUUGCACCCACUACAGUUGCACCAACUACAGCUGCACACACUACAGUUGCACCCACUACAGUUGCACCCACUACAGUUGCAUACACUACAGCUGCACACACUACAGAUGCACCCACUACAGCUGCACCCACUACAGUUGAACCGACUACAGUUGCACCCAUUACAGCUGCACCCACUACAGUUGCACCCACUACAGUUGCACACACUACAAUUGCACCCACUACAGUUGAACCGACUACAGUUGCACACACUACAAUUGCACACACUACAGAUGCACCCACUACAGAUGCACCCACUACAGUUGCAACCACUACAGAUGCACCCACUACAGUUGCACCUACUACAGUUGCACCCACUACAGUUGCACCCACUACAGUUGAACCGACUACAGUUGCACACACUACAAUUGCACACACUACAGAUGCACCCACUACAGAUGCACCCACUACAGUUGCAACCACUACAGUUGCACCCACUACAGAUGCACCCACUACAUCUGCACCCACUACAGCUGCACCCACUACAGCUGCACCAUCUACAGCUGCAACCACUACAGCUGCACCCACUACAGUUGCACCCACUACAGUUGCACCCACUACAUUUGCACCCACUACAGUUGCACCCACUACAGUUGCACACACUACAAUUGCACCCACUACAGUUGCACCCACUACAGUUGCAACCACUACAGAUGCACCCACUACAGUUGCACCCACUACAGUUGCACCCACUACAUUUGCACCCACUACAGAUGCACCCACUACAGUUGCACCCACUACAGUUGCACCCACUACAUUUGCACCCACUACAGCUGCACCAACUACAGCUGCACCCACUACAGUUGCACACACUACAGCUGCACCCACUACAGCUGCACCCACUACAGCUGCACCCACUACAGCUGCACCCACUACAGCUACACCCACUACAGUUGCACACACUACAAUUGCACCCACUACAGUUGCACCCACUACAGUUGCAACCACUACAGAUGCACCCACUACAGUUGCACCCACUACAGUUGCACCCACUACAUUUGCACCCACUACAGAUGCACCCACUACAGUUGCACCCACUACAGUUGCACCCACUACAUUUGCACCCACUACAGCUGCACCAACUACAGCUGCACCCACUACAGUUGCACACACUACAGCUGCACCCACUACAGCUGCACCCACUACAGCUGCACCCACUACAGCUGCACCCACUACAGUUGCACCCACUACAGCUGCACACACUACAGCUGCACCCACUACAGCUGCACACACUACAGCUGCACCCACUACAGUUGCACCCACUACAGCUGCACACACUACAGCUGCACCCACUACAGCUGCACACACUACAGCUGCACACACUACAGUUGCACCCACUACAGUUGCACCCACUACAAUUGCACACACUACAGUUGCACCCACUACAGUUGAACCGACUACAGUUGCACCCACUACAGUUGCACCCACUACAGUUGCACCCACUACAGCUGCACCCACUACAGAUGCACCCACUACAGCUGCACCCACUACAGCUGCACCCACUACAGCUGCACCAACUACAGCUGCACCCACUACAGUUGCACCCACUACAGUUGCACACACUACAGCUGCACCCACUACAGUUGCACCCACUACAGUUGCACACACUACAGCUGCACCCACUACAGCUGCACCCACUACAGCUGCACCCACUACAGUUGCACCCACUACAGUUGCACACACUACAAUUGCACCCACUGCAGCUGCACACACUACAGCUGCACCCACUACAAUUGCACCCACUACAGUUGCACCCACUACAGUUGCACACACUACAAUUGCACCCACUACAGUUGCACACAUUACAGUUGCACCCACUACAGUUGCACCCACUACAGCUGCACCCACUACAGUUGCACACACUACAAUUGCACCCACUACAGCUGAACACACUACAGUUGCACACACUACAAUUGCACCCACUACAGCUGCACCCACUACAGCUGCACCCACUACAGUUGCACCCACUACAAUUGCACCCACUACAGUUGCACACACUACAGUUGCACACACUACAGCUGCACACACUACAGUUGCACCCACUACAGUUGCACCCACUACAGUUGCACACACUACAGUUGCACCCACUAUAGUUGCACAUACUACAGUUGCACACACUACAGUUGCACACACUACAGUUGCACCCACUACAGCUGCACCCACUACAGCUGCAUCCACUACAGCUGCACCCACUACAGCUGCACCCACUACAGUUGCACCCACUACAGUUGAACCGACUACAGCUGCACCCACUACAGCUGCACCCACUACAGCUGCACCCACUUCAGCUGCACCCACUACAGCUGCACCCACUACAGUUGCACCCACUACAGUUGCACCCACUACAGCUGCACCCACUACAGCUGCACCCACUACAGCUACACCCACUACAGCUGCACCCACUACAGUUGCACCCACUACAGCUGCACCCACUACAGUUGCACCCACUACAGCUGCACCCACUACAGCUGCACCCACUACAGCUGCACCCACUACAGAUGCACCCACUACAGUUGCACCCACUACAGCUGCACCCACUACAGCUGCACCCACUACAGCUGCACCCACUACAGUUGAACCCACUACAGUUGCACACAUUACAGUUGCACCCACUACAGCUGCACCCACUACAGCUGCACCCACUACAGUUGCACACACUACAAUUGCACCCACUACAGCUGAACACACUACAGUUGCACACACUACAAUUGCACCCACUACAGCUGCACCCACUACAGCUGCACCCACUACAGUUGCACCCACUACAAUUGCACCCACUACAGUUGCACACACUACAGUUGCACACACUACAGCUGCACACACUACAGUUGCACCCACUACAGUUGCACCCACUACAGUUGCACACACUACAGUUGCACCCACUAUAGUUGCACAUACUACAGUUGCACACACUACAGUUGCACACACUACAGUUGCACCCACUACAGCUGCACCCACUACAGCUGCAUCCACUACAGCUGCACCCACUACAGCUGCACCCACUACAGUUGCACCCACUACAGUUGAACCGACUACAGCUGCACCCACUACAGCUGCACCCACUACAGCUGCACCCACUUCAGCUGCACCCACUACAGCUGCACCCACUACAGUUGCACCCACUACAGUUGCACCCACUACAGCUGCACCCACUACAGCUGCACCCACUACAGCUACACCCACUACAGCUGCACCCACUACAGUUGCACCCACUACAGCUUCACCCACUACAGUUGCACCCACUACAGCUGCACCCACUACAGCUGCACCCACUACAGCUGCACCCACUACAGAUGCACCCACUACAGUUGCACCCACUACAGCUGCACCCACUACAGCUGCACCCACUACAGCUGCACCCACUACAGUUGAACCGACUACAGCUGCACCCACUACAGCUGCACCCACUACAGCUGCACCCACUACAGCUGCACCCACUACAGCUGCACCCACUACAGCUGCACCCACUACAGUUGCACCCACUACAGUUGCACCCACUACAGUUGCACCCACUACAGCUGCACCCACUACAGCUGCACCAACUACAGCUGCACCCACUACAGCUGCACCCACUACAGCUGCACCCACUACAAUUGCACACACUACAGCUGCACCCACUACAGCUGCACCCACUACAGUUGCACCCACUACAGUUGAACCGACUACAGCUGCACCCACUACAGCUGCACCCACUACAGCUGCACCCACUACAGCUGCACCCACUACAGAUGCACCCACUACAGUUGCACCCACUACAGUUGCACCCACUACAGCUGCACCCACUACAGUUGCACCCAGUACAGCUACACCCACUACAGCUGCACCCACUACAGCUGCACCCACUACAGCUGCACCCACUACAGCUGCACCCACUACAGCUGCACCCACUACAGCUGCACCCACUACAGCUGCACCCACUACAGCAGCACCCACUACAGCUACAUCCACUACAGUUGCACCCACUACAGCUGCACCCACUACAGCUGCACCCACUACAGUUGCACCCACUACAGUUGAACCGACUACAGCUGCACCCACUACAGCAGCACCCACUACAGCUACAUCCACUACAGUUGCACCCACUACAGCUGCACCCACUACAGCUGCACCCACUACAGCUGCACCCACUACAGUUGCACCCACUACAGUUGAACCGACUACAGCUGCACCAACUACAGCUACACCCACUACAGCUGCACCCACUACAGAUGCACCCACUACAGAUGCACCCACUACAGCUUCACAAAACGUACCAUCGUCGACAAGUGAAGCUCCCUUGGUAACACAGUGGGCGGAGACCGUUAUUGCAUUUUCUUCUGAAUGGGACAGCCCGAAAAAACUAAUUCAAGUGCCUAAGGUGCGUAAUGGUUCCGAUUCCAAUGUACCAAAGGUGCGUAAGGGUUCCGAUUCCAAUGUACCAAAGGUGCGUAAGGGUUCCGAUUCCAAUGUACCAAAGGUGCGUAAUGGUUCCGAUUCCAAUGUGCCAAAGGUGCGUAAUGGUUCCGAUUCCAAUUUACCAAAGGUGCGUAAUGGUUCCGAUUCCAAUGUGCAUAAGGGGCGUAAAGAUUCCAAUUCAAACGUGCCUAAGGGGCGUAAAGAUUCCAAUUCCAAUGUGCCCAAGGGGCGUAAAGUUUCUAAUUCAAAUGUGCCUAAGGGCCGUAAAGACACCAAUUCCAAUAUGCCGAAAGGGCGUAGAAGCACCAAGUCCAAUGUGCCUAAAGGGCGUAGAAGCACCAAGUCCAAUGUGCCUAAGGGGCGUAAAGCACCGAUUCCAAUGUACCUAAAGGGGCGUAAAGACACCAAUUCCAAUGUGCCUAAGGGCCGUAAAGACACCAAUUUCAAUGUGUCUAAGGGCCGUAAAGACACCAAUUCCAAUGUGCCUAAGGGCCGUAAAGACACCAAUUUCAAUGUGCCUAAGGGCCGUAAAGACACAAAUUCCAAUGUGCCUAAGGGGCGUAAAAACACCAAUUUCAAUGUACCGAAAGGGGCGUAA